UCUCCCUUCAGCACAGAAAACACUGCUGAAUUCAAUCUUUUUAGCCUAAUUAUGUAUCAAUGCAAACACGAUCAGCUUAAUUUCCUGGAGGAAAGCCGUCUCCUUUUUGUUAUUCAGCCGGCACUCACUCCCAGUGAGCCAGUGUGUUAAUGUUCACUAACUUCAGAUGUCUGGUUGAGAGCAGCUCCGCACAACUAACUCUAGUACAGACUUUUGUUUAAAGUUUUAUUAUUUGAUUCAAAUGUGUGUUCACAUCAUCUCAUGCUGCUCCUUUCGUACUGCCGCUGUGUGAAAAUUGAAAUUUUAAUGCGGUUGUUUCACAUAUGAAACAAAUUUACAGAGUUGGAAUUUAGCUCCCACCCAGAGCGAGUUAACACCUUGACAGCUAUAGUUGGUGAGCAUAAUGUCUCGCUUUAGAUGUUGCUUGACUUGAACCUCAGUGCCUCUUGUUUUGGUCAAGUCUCAGCCACUUAUCUUGUUCUCAUCUCUCUUGCUGAAUUCUCUCUGAUGUCACACACCAAAAUCUUAAGUGUCAUAAUGUUUUGGGUUUUUUUUCUGUGAGAUUGACUUUCAGGUAUUCUUCAAAUUUCUCAUACUAUUGCAGUAGCAUGAGGUUUUUUUUUUUGUUUUUUUUAAUGAAGUGGAAUUACAUUUUGAUGUUAGUAUGUUUUGUUUUUUAAUUUUUUAAUUUUCUUAGUGCUUGUGCCCUUUUAUAACUGUUUUUUUGGUUGCAAUUAUGGUGCAUUCCAUCUGUUUUCCUGUAGGGGACAGCAGCACGCAGGGUUACAUUGUGAGGAGCUGAGUUCAUGUUUUUUCAUUUUUGAUUUUUUUAUUCGCAAACAUAUUACAUUACAAAUACACUGUAUAUAGUACUGUAUAUGUAUAUGAGAGAAUGUGCAGGUGAGGUAAGAAACCCAUCAAGGACUUAUGUUAAACCUCACCUCAACGUAAAAAAUAAAAAUUACAUCAUGAGAAAGGAGGAAAGAAAAACUGGAAGAUAGAUAGAUAGAAAGAAAGACAGAAAGAAGAAAAAACAUGUAUAAACAUGUAGAGGUCUGGCUCGUCAGGCUUCUCUCCCUCUGUCUUUCUUGCUUGCUCUUUGUAACAUGUCACCUCCCCACCCCCACGUCCAUGCCAUAAACAUGUCAAAUUAAAACCGUAAAACUAAAAAUGUAUUACCACCAACCCACAUGUAGGUAAACAGGUAAUGUACUCAACAUUAAUAUAAUAAAUCGUGUCAUGUUUUAGUGCACAGGGCACUGACACAAUAAGGCAAAAAACCUUUGUAAACCUGGUUUUUAAGAAAUGUAUACAUAAAAUUUUACUUACUAAGAAAUGCUAAACAGAAUAUUUAAAGAUGAUUGUGGAUUCCUACACACAUUUCUGUUAAAAUAUAUAUUUUCGCUCACAUUAUAGGGCUCUGAAACAUGCUUAUUCCCACACCUUUACACACACACCAGGUGGACUGAAGCUCCUCCCCUGGAUUCUAUUGGCUCAUUAUUUCCAGCAACAUAUGAUCUUUGCAUAAUGUGUUUGAAACAUAGUGGACACACCCACAUAAUGAGGGCCAGCAGUAGCUUCUAGUAGCAUAUGUUACCAUUAAAGCUUGUCAGCACUUAUGCAUUGUAAAUGGCAUUGUUUAACCGCUGUGUUGAUUUAUGCAAGAAACAUGCAUAUGAUAUUUUCUGUCCCCAGAGCAACAUUUUGUAUUCUGACAGCUAGUAUUUCUUUGUUUACCAGUCUGGAUCAGGCUAGUAAGCGAGAUUUAUUGAAGUCCAAUGGUUUAAUUAUUACCAAAACCAAAGUGUCUAUCCGCAUGCAGAGACGCACCUCACAAGAUAUAAAGUCUGUGUCUUCACUUUCUCACCUGACACUCUUGUCUUGUACCUACAGUUUUGCUUUGCGGUCACACAGUAUAUCAUGUCAAACAGUGUUAAGAGUUUUUCAGUGGGAUAUAAUCCCAUAAACAAAAGCGACAUUUUCACCAGUGGUGAUCGCCUUACAGGACAGAUUACUUUAGAGCUGGCAAGCGUCAGCAAAAUAGAUUCACUCAGUGUAAAGCUGAAGGGAAAAGCAGAAGUCAAAUGGACUGAGAAUUAUGGAAAAACAAUUGUAACAUACCAUAACAAAGAGAAGUACUUCAGUAUCAAGCAGUUUCUCAUUCAGGAGGGCCACGGCAAUAUUGCUGUUGGCCCGGGCUGUCAUGUUUACCCAUUCACCUUUCAGAUUCCAGCACAGGAGCUGCCAUCCUCCUUCAAGGGCUCCCAUGGAAAGAUCAUGUACUCACUGGAAGCAAACCUGAGCAGGCCCAUGAAAUUAGACAGCAAAGCUAAGGCGAAGUUCACCCUCGUCCACAAAGGAAACCUAAACAGUGAUCCAUCGUUGAUGGCUCCACAACAAGAUAUCAUUGAUAAGAAAAUGAAGCUCUUCACAUCAGGAACAGUGGGCAUGGAUGUAAAUAUUGCACGAACAGGCUUCCACCAAGGGGAAGGCAUAAAGGUUGUGGCCUCCAUUCAGAACAAAUCAUCUCGUGACAUUAAGCCCAAGUACUGUUUGUAUAAGAAGAUCAGCUACUUUGCGAAGGGGAAGAGGAGGGUCGAAACCAAAGACAUCCUGAAAGAAGUGGGCGAAGCCAUCCCACCUUCUGCAGGUCAGACUGUCACCAGGACCAUCACCGUCCCCCCCACCACCUGUGUGUCCAUCUUAAACUGCAGAAUCAUCAAAACAGAGUACAGGCUCAGGGUCUAUCUGGAUGUUAAGUAUGCUUCAGACCCUGAGAUCAAGUUCCCCAUAGUCGUCCUGCACGCUUCACAGGAACCUGAUGAAGAGCAGCCACCUGUAUAUUCUGACUUUGGAUUUGGAGCGUUUGUUAACUCAGGCAUGGCAGGAGGCACCAGCUUCCUACAAAACCCAGCAGCCUCAGGCCCUUCUGCUCCACCUCCACCCUAUAGCACAUAUGGGAUGUACCCCUCCUUGACUGGUUUUGAUGGGAAAUCCUAGAAGCUCAAAUAUGGUUUUGAGUGCACUUUUUUUAAUUAACAGUACAACACAUGACUUUAUGUUUGGGACUACCACUAUUAAAUACUUAACAAGUCUUUGCUUAAACCCUUUUAUUCAGAUAAAGGGCAAGACUGAUGCCAUUGGAAAGACUUGAAGAGUAGGAAUGAAGAUAGUUGAUUGUUUUAGGGGCUAAAAAGUAGAAAACUGUACGUAAAAAAUAUGAUAUUAUUGGUAUAAUAGUUUUGCAUUACUUAACAGUGUUACAGUGAUGUUUAUAGGACUGGGUCUCUGACGUUAAGUUGAAGGUUGUUAGUCCAGUCUCAACCUUUACUCUGUAUAGUGACCCUUGUAUCACUGAUCAGCUCCUGUAUCACUGAGAGGAUGUGAUUACCAAUGAUGACUUUGUUCACUUAGGUUCAUGGUGUUGUGCUUAAUGAGGAAUACUGAAAUCUUGAAUGUGAAAGUAUGUCAUAAACUAUACAUGUUUGCUUAUGUUUGCUUUUUUCAAAUAUCAAUAAAUAUGAAUAAGCAUUA